AUGUCAGAUAUACUUCCUAUAUCAUGCAUUUCAUGUCGAAGAAGAAAGAUUAAAUGUAAUAAAAAGAAACCUUGCGAUCAAUGUUCAAAAAGACAAGUAAAUUGUGAAUUUCCAGCUACAUUUAGAAAUAUCAAGAUUUCAGAAGAUGAUUUCAAAACAGAAUCUCAAGUUUCAUCAGAAUCUUCUUCAUCAUCAACUGAACCACCAACUAUUUUAAAACAAGCUGAAGCUCAAGGUCAACAUAUUUCUCCACAAAAACUAAACCAUAAUCAUAAUGUACUUCCAUAUCCACCACCAAAACCAAUACAGAAGAAUAUUCCGCAACCAGCGACUAAUCUACCGAAGAAACAAUCAAUUUCAAGUUCAAGUUCAAGUGGUGGUAGUUCAAAUUCUGUAAUGACACCAAGUCUACUGGAAAAGAGUAUUGUAACUGAUAUGACUGGUUUACAAUCGGGCUCUUCAUCAGAUGGUGUUACAAAAGUCAAUAGUUUAGGUAGUAAUUUAGUUUCAAGUUCAUCAGAUUCAGACUUAAAAGAUGGUUCAAAUCAAGAAACAGGGUUAAGAACAGAUUCUUCAGGUACUCCAUUAGGUGUGCAACAACAAUUAGAUCCAAAUUAUAAUAUUGAUAAUUAUACAUUAUUAAAAGAAAAUUUCGAUAUAAUGAGAGCUGCAAAUAUUCAAUUAUUAGAUGAAAAUAGAGCUUUAACUUUAAGAUUAGAAGAAAUGUUACAAAAAGUUUUAAAAGUUUCAGAAAAACCAUCGUCAAAUAAACGUGAUCGUACAUCAGAUUCAUCAAGUGAAGAUUUACCAUAUAAAAAAGAAAAGGUUGGAUUUUUUGGUCAUUCAAAAUCAAGUUUCCCCAAAGAUUCUGCAAGUGAAAAUCAAGGAAUGUAUUCAAAUAUUAAAAUUAAAGAUAAAAAUACUCCACCAAAAGAAUCAUCAAGUACAUCAUGUGGAAGUAGUAGUGAUGAAGUUGCACAACAAAUUACAUCAGAAUUACAACCAUUAUCAAGAGAACAAUUACAACAAAGAAAAAUCCAUAAAUCAAAGAAAAUUAAAUCAAUUAUAGAUAAUCAACUGUUAAAUUCAAAUAAUUAUAAUGAUUGGGAAAGAGAUACUGAAAAUUUACAUUCACAAGAAUCAUUAAAAUCAAGCAAUUUAGUUGAAAGAAGUUUAAAAAAGAAGAAAUUACCUAUAUUACCUUCAUAUUUAUUAAAAUAUGAUGACCCAGAUAUUAGUACAGAUUCUGAUACAUAUCAUGAUGUAUUUAAAUUAAAUUUUGAAAUUAUAAUUAAAUUGGUUCAUAAAUUUUUUGAAAAAAGUCCACAUUAUAGAAGUUUUAUUUCCAGUAAUCACGUUUUUGAUUUCUUAUAUAGUUAUGAAUCACUUUCUGAUAGAGAUUGGGAUAAUGAUGAUGAUUUAUUAUUAGUUUACAUGAUUUUGGCAUUAUCAAUUCAAAGAUUAACUUCGAAAGAUUAUGUUGAUUUAACAUUAUUACCAGCAGCAUCAAUUAGUACAUGUACAAAAUAUAGAAAAUUUUUAACAAGAAAUGUUUUACAUAAGAAUUUUGAAAGAUUAAAACAUCAUUUAGUUAAUGAAUCCUUAACGACAAUUCAAUCAUAUAUUUUAUGUUCAGAAUGGUAUUUUUUAGAGCAAAAAUAUGAAGAAUGUUGGUCAAUGAUGUUUCAUUCAUGUUCAAUUUCAUAUUCGAUUGGUUUACAUAUAAUGGGUCAAUAUAGAAUACAUGAAACAAAACAAAAUAAACAGUUUAAUAGUUUAAUAAGUGCAACUGCUGAAGAUUCAGAUGUUAGUGAUAAAAAAGAAUUAUCAGUAUCAGAAGAAAGUGAUAGAUCUCAAGAUGAAGAAUUGGACAUUAGUAGAUAUAGAAUUUGGUUUGCUUUGAAAAAUCAUGUUUCAAUAAUUUGUUCAAUCUUUGGUAGACCAAAUCCGAUUUCAGUUCAAGUUUGUAUGAAUGGAUCAAAUAGUGGUUUAGGUUCUGAAAUUCCAAAUGAAAAGGCUCAUAUAUUAUAUAAAAUUGGUUUAAGUGAACUGUUGAGAUUAUCAAAUUUAAUGUUGAUUGAAAAUUUUAUGAUUGAUUUUACAUUACGAGAAUUGAUGAAUUUAUCAGUAAUAUUUAAUAAUGAAAUUGAUUUAUUGAAAAAGUAUUAUAAUAGAAUAGUUAAUAAUGAUGAUACAGAACUGGAUCAAAGUGGAUCAUCACCAAAGAGUUCUGCAACUGUUGAUUCAUUAUUAUAUGAUGAUUAUACAAAUCAACCAUUACAAAUUAAUGAGUUGGAUUUAUUAGCUGAUAUAAUUGUAUUAUAUAUUAAUGAUGCUAAAUUAUUUGAACCAUUUAUAAGUAAAUUUGAAAAUGUCAAGGGUUAUGAUAAAAUUGUUAAAAUACAAAUAGAUUCAAUAUCACAAUUUUUAACAUUAUUAAAUCAAUUUAUUGAGAAAUUUUUAAAGUUAUGUUUACAAGAUAAUUUUAGAACAUUAGAUGUUGAAAAGAGUAAAUUGGAUCAGAUGCGUCCACAAAAUUAUGGUCCUAUAAAAUUUGGUAAAUUAUUUAAAAGUUAUUGGCCAUUUUUAAAUUCUUUUAUUUGUCAAGGUAUAAUUGUUGUAUUUACAUUUUUACAUUAUAAAUCAAAAGAAUUUGUUGAAAAUAAAAAUACUUACUCAUUAAAUAAUGAAUUCUUAUCAUUAAUUGAAAUUAAUUUAACGAAAUUGAUAAGUUUUGAAUCAAGAUUAGCAACAAAAUUUAUUACAACAUCAAGAAUGUGGUCAUCCAAUAUGGUAUAUCUUAUUAAUAGAGUCACCAAUUUAAUUAAAUUAAUUUAUGAAAAACAAGAAGAUGAUACUGUUGCAAAAGAAUUGAAGAAUAGAAAAUUAAAAUCAUCGUCAAAAUCUUCUGGCGAUUCAUCUUCACCUGAAAAUGCAAAUUCAAAUUUACCAAUUACAACAGCAAGAGGUAGUUUAUCAUAUUUAUUAAAUACAAAUCCAUUUGGUGAUCCAUCACAAUUUGAAUAUUUGAAUGGUUUCCAUUUGAAUGAUCCAUUUUGGUUAACUGUACCAGAUAAUUUACCUUAUUAUUUAGGUUCACCAUCAGAAGAUAUAAGAAAUACAAAUAAUAGAUCAAUUGGUGGAUUUAAACAAUAUGUAUCAUUAUCAACAAAUGAAGAAGAUCAAACAAAUUCAAAUUCAAACUCAAAUUCAAAUUCAAACUCAAAUUCAAAUUCAAAUUCAAAUUCAAAUCCAACAACAUCAGCAUCAACAAGUUCAACAACAAACAAUUCAUCAUGUACUGAUCUGUCAAAUCCAGAUCUGUCAAAUCCCGAUACUGUUAAUUCAAAUCAAUCAAAUGAUAUGUUUAUUAGUGCAAAUUAUUCACAAUGGAAUGAUAAUUUAAAUGUAAGACAAGUUCCAACACCAAAUACAAUUCAACAACAACUAUCAAAUCAAAGAAUUAAUCAACAACAACAACAACAACAACAACAACAACAACAACAACAACAACAACAACAACAACAACAACUACAACAACUACAACAACAACAACAACUACAACAACAACAACAACAACAACAACAACAACAACAACAACAACAAUUACAUCGUCUACCAACACAAAAUCAAGCUCCAAUACCAAUACCAGGACCAAUACAAUUACCAUUUCAAAAAAAUGGUCCUCCACCAUUAAUACGACAAUAUUCUCAUCCACCUUUAUCACAUCAUCAACAUCCAUUAAAUCAACCACCUCAACAACCCCAACCAAAUCAUCCAGUAGGAGCAAAUUUCAUGAAUGGUGGUUAUAUGUUUCCACAACAAAUGAGUGGGUAUCCACCAUCACAAUUUCAAAAUGAUCAAGAAAAUUUUUACGACCAAAAUAUUAAUAAACAAAAUAAUGAUAAGAUGGAAGAGUGA